AUCCUACAAUGUUGCUACCGACAGGGCCGCGCCGACCGCCCACGAUCGGAGCCGGCUAGUGGAAUUCGAACGUUUCGGGAGAAACCCGAGGGAUGUGUGCCGCACCCGGCGCCUAACAAGUGCGACAUGUGUGUUCGGCCCACUCUAGGCAGACAGGUAGGUACCUCGUGGUAAUGCACAACUCACCGGCGUGAGUCACGGUUGUCCGAUUGCGAAUACCUACCCUACCCACUAAUAUACGCAUACGUUUGGGGACACGCGAUACGAAGACACCAGCCCCAAGAAGAUAUAAAGUCCGAGUUUGGAGAAUCACCACCAUUGUUCAGGCCGAUGACAUCUCGAAACCAUCUCCUUCUUGAUCUCGCCCCAUUGAUUGACUGAUCAGAAGAGCUCGCAACAAUGACGUCAAUUGCAUCCGAUUCCGUAUCGACCAUCCUGUGCUCUUGCAAACAGACUCGGUUCCACAUUGAGAGCCCCAAUUACAGAGAGCUAGACAUCGAAGGGCUCAAUAUCACUGUCGCAUCUAGCGGCAAGCCCUCGGCCAAAGGGAAAGGAAAGGCAAAAGCCGAAGGCAUUGAGAUCCUAUCCAAUGCCACAUUGCGCUUGAAGGCAGGCCAGCGAUACGCAUUGAUCGGGCGUAAUGGGUCUGGGAAGUCUACCCUGUUGCGAGCAAUUGCAGAGAAACUCAUUCCCGGGAUUCCCGAGGGAACCCGAGUGUCUAUUCUCCAGCAGACGAAUGCCAGCGACGCGAACGCUGAUGAUGUUCCCGGGGAGUCUUCCUCCUCGGAUAGCGCCUUGCCGCAGGGCCCGUCUGUGCUGGAGAGUGUCAUCGAUCAGGCCACGGCGAAGAGUGAACUAGAGCAAGAAAUCAACACCCUGACAAGCGGGAUGAACAGCAGCGAACCCCUUGGCGUUCUCCGCUCAUUGAGGAAAGUCCGCCAUGAGAGGCUACAGAAGCGACUUUUCGUCCUAGACAAAGAUGCCAGACUCAGAAGUGGCACCAGGGGCAUGCAGGCCCGUAAGGCCUUGACCGAGUUUGAGAAGGUCGUCGCUGAGUCGGAGGCCUUGAAUAACCAGGCCGACGAUGAAAUAACCCCGGAGGUUGUCCAGGCCGAAGUCCAGGAGGCAGCAGACCUCCUUUCUGAGCUUCAGAUUCAGGUGGAACCAUCCAAGCUGGCAGACAUUGAAUCAAGCGCAAAGAAGGUCCUCACUGGUCUCGGAUUUAGCGAGGCCUACAUGUCGAGAUCUGUCGCCAGUUUGUCGGGAGGGUGGCGGAUGCGGACGGCUCUGGCGACAGUCCUCCUCCAAAAGACUGACAUUUUGAUCCUCGACGAACCUACCAACUUCCUCGACCUGCUGGGCAUCAUCUGGUUACAGCGCUACCUCCAAUCGCUGGAAGACGCCCCCGGCGCCCCGACGCUCAUCCUCGUCAGCCACGACCGCGACUUCAUCACCGUAGCCACCGACCUGCUGAUUCUCAAGGACAAGGCGCUAACCUACUUCCACGGCGACCUCCCGACCUACGAGGAGUCGCAGUCGGAGCGCAAGCUCCACCUGACCAAGAUGAAGGACGCGCAGGACAAGCAGAAGGCGCACAUCCAGGAGACCAUCGCGCGCAACAUCAAGCAGGGCAAGAAGAAGGACGACGACAACAAGCUGCGGCAGGCAAAGUCCCGGCAGAAGAAGCUCGACGACCGGUGGGGCCUCCAGGUGAGCGCCAAGGGCGGCCGCUUCAAGCUGAACCGUGAUCUGGUCGGCUACCACCUCACGGCGCGCGAGGAGAUCGACAUCCCGCAGGACGAGCGGCCCGUCACCAUCGCCCUGCCCGACCCGCCCGACCUGAGGUUCCCGGGCCCCCUGAUCAGCCUCGAGGGGGCCUCGUUCCGCUACCCGGCCAAGGCCAAGGCGAACGUGAAGGCGGCGGCCGUCCGCCCCCCCGCCGUGCUCCAGGGCAUCGACCUGACGGUGCACGCGGGCGACCGCGUCGGCAUCGUCGGCCUCAACGGGGCGGGCAAGUCGACGCUGAUCCAGCUACUCGUCGACGCGGCCAAGCCGACGACGGGGAGCGCGACGACGCACCCGCGCCUCCGGCUGGGCUACUACUCGCAACACGCCGUCGAGGCCCUGCAGGGCCUCGGGCGGGCCGAGCCGGACCUGACGGCGCUGGCGCUGCUGAUGCGCGAGGUGGCGGGCGAGGACGGGCUGGACGAGGGCUCGGUGCGCGGCCUGCUGGGGUCGCUCGGCCUGCCGGGCCGCCUCGCCUCGGACGUCCCCGUCCGCCGCCUGUCGGGCGGGCAGCUGGUGCGGUGCGAGCUGGCGCGGCUCCUGUGGCGGCGGCCGCACUGCCUCGUGCUGGACGAGGUGACGACGCACCUGGACUACGAGACGGUGGCGGCGCUGCGCGAGGCGCUGAGGCGCUGGGCGGGCGCCGUGGUGCUCGUCAGCCACGACAGGUGGUUCGUCCGGGGCGCAGUCGAGGGGUUGGUCGACGACGAGGGUUGCGGGAGCGACGAGGAGGACGAUGAGCGGAGCGACAGCGCCGGGGAGCGGAGGAGGGCCGUGUAUCGCCUCAAGGGCGGGCAGAUGACGCUGCUGCAGAACGGCGUGCAGGAGUUUGAGGAUGUCAUGGAGAAGAGGGUGAAGAAGCUGUUGGGGGCUUAGGCAUCAAUUCCGUCCCCAUAGAAGACUAUGGGGUGUACGGUAUUGGGCGAUAAGGAGGUUUGCAAGGGAGUUUACCAGACCUACGGAUGGUUUGAUGACAGAUAUGUCAAUUACCCCUGACUACAGAGUAAUUCCCAUUUCCACUGGGACACGAGAGGCUACCAUGGUAGGAUCCAUGGCCUACAGAAGCAGUAUCUGUCUUGCACUAAGUCGAAUUGAGCAUUUUAAGGAG